UUGGAGCUGGCGGGAAAGCUUGUCUCUGUGUUGUGGGGAGGACGCGCGCUCGCGCAGGACUUUCAAGCGUAGGCCCCCGGGAACUCGAGCUGCCAUGAGCCUCUGGGUGGACAAGUAUCGGCCCUGCUCCUUGGGACGGCUGGACUAUCACAAGGAGCAGGCGGCCCAGCUGCGCAAUCUGGUUCAGUGUGGUGACUUUCCUCAUCUGUUAGUGUAUGGACCAUCAGGUGCUGGAAAAAAGACAAGAAUUAUGUGUAUUCUACGUGAACUUUAUGGUGUUGGAGUGGAAAAAUUGAGAAUCGAACAUCAGACCAUCACAACUCCAUCUAAAAAAAAAAUUGAAAUUAGCACCAUUGCAAGUAACUACCACCUUGAAGUUAAUCCUAGUGAUGCUGGAAAUAGUGACCGAGUAGUCAUUCAGGAGAUGUUGAAAACAGUGGCACAAUCACAGCAACUUGAAACAAACUCUCAAAGGGAUUUUAAAGUGGUAUUAUUGACAGAAGUUGACAAACUCACCAAAGAUGCUCAGCAUGCCUUGCGAAGAACCAUGGAAAAAUAUAUGUCUACCUGCAGAUUGAUCUUGUGCUGCAAUUCUACAUCUAAAGUGAUCCCACCUAUUCGUAGUAGGUGCUUGGCGGUUCGUGUGCCUGCUCCCAGCAUUGAAGAUAUUUGCCACGUGUUAUCUACUGUGUGCAAGAAGGAAGGUCUAAAUCUUCCUUCACAACUGGCUCAUAGACUUGCAGAGAAGUCUUGUAGAAAUCUCAGAAAAGCCCUGCUUAUGUGUGAAGCCUGCAGAGUGCAACAAUAUCCUUUUACUGCAGAUCAAGAAAUCCCUGAGACAGAUUGGGAGGUGUAUCUGAGGGAGACUGCAAAUGCUAUUGUCAGUCAGCAAACUCCACAAAGGCUCCUUGAAGUUCGUGGAAGGCUGUAUGAGCUUCUAACUCAUUGUAUUCCUCCUGAGAUAAUAAUGAAGGGCCUUCUCUCAGAACUGUUACAUAAUUGUGAUGGACAACUGAAAGGGGAGGUGGCCCAAAUGGCAGCUUAUUAUGAACAUCGUCUACAGCUGGGUAGCAAAGCCAUUUAUCACUUGGAAGCGUUUGUGGCCAAAUUCAUGGCACUUUAUAAGAAGUUCAUGGAGGAUGGAUUGGAAGGCAUGAUGUUCUGACUUCUAUCAGUUAUUCUUGCAAAGAUUUACGGAUGGAGCAGGAGGCCAUUUUCUUUAGCAAACUAAUUCAGGAACAGAAAACCAAAUACCACAUGUUCAUAUUUAUAAGUGGGAGUUAAAUGAAGAGAACAGAUGGACACAGACAGGUAAACAGCAGACACUGGGGCCCACCAGAAGGUGGAGGGUGGGAGGAGAUGAGGAUCAGGAAAAAUAACUAAUGGGUAUUAGGCUUAAUACCUGGAUGAUGAAAUAAUCUGUACAACAAACCCCCAUGACACAAAUUUACCUAUGUAACAAACCUGCACAUGUAUACCUGAACUUAAAAUAAAAGUUAAAAAACUGAUAUGGAAAUGUAAUUGUAAAUGGUAAAUGCAAAAUAAACGUAUUCCUGGGAGAAUAUUUUUCCACUGGGCUUAAGUAAGCAAGUCAUGGAAUACAGACAAUUGGUCUUGAAUGAGAGACGUCCUGUUGAGAUUGACUCCAGAAAGAUUUUCCUUUUCUCUCAGAUACCAGGAUUACUGGGAUCCUGGUAGCCCUGGUUCUGGAAAUGCAAUUUUGCCUGGAAUAAUUGACCUAUGCGUAGAAGAUUGGCUUUCUAAAUUGGGUGAGUGUGACAAAGGGGUGUGGUAAUUUUGUGAGUCCUGUUAGCUGUUUUGAUUCUUUAAAAGUAAGGCUCCUGAGAGACUGGGCAUUGAAUUACUAUGACGUGAGAGGCUUUGGAAUCUCCAGACCCAUUCCAGAGAGAGACAGGUGGUUACUGGAGGAACCUCAACUCUACCUAGGCAGCAAAUCCUGCCAACUAAGCCGCGGAAAAGAUGAUAUGAAGGGGAAGGGUAUUUGUUUUGUAAGUGGACUUUGUACUUUGAAUUUUAAUACAUGGGGCAAGAGAAUUUUAUUUCAAACUUCAGUUCUUUUAGAUUUUCAUGUCUUUGAACUUAAACUUGUAAAGCAAUCUAAUCUUUGGAUGUAAAUUUAUUCCUUGGAAUUUAAUAAUAGCAGGAAAUUGUCUUCAAAUAAGAGGCGUCUCUUUAUAGACGUUUGGUUAUUGGAAUAUCUUCAAGAUAGCGUCCAAUCUCAUUGCAGAAUCUCUGACAUGCUACCUUGGACAGUAUGCCUGGACAUAAUUUUGGACAGAAAAUAGAAUAGGGGAUACAUUUUCAGCUCUUCGUACAGAAUGGACUCAAAGCUGACAUAUGGAAUGUAUGGUUCUGACUCACUGCAGAUUCUUCUGGGGAUGACAUUUAAGCUGCCUGCCCUUGGAACCUCAAGGAAACACAAGCCAGCAGAGCUCAGUGCAGAGUGUGGUCUCAUGGAGAUGGGAGCAAUGCUCUCCCAAGGCAAUCAGCAUCUCUGGCUGACCAUAGGCUUCAUGUUUAAGCCCAAUGAAUUAAGAAGAUGAAAAACUGGGGAGUGUUAGUGGGGCUAACAUUAAAAUUAAUAUUUUUGCUUCAUUUUUUCCUCUUUCGUUUGAACAUUUGAUAUAAAUCUUGGCUCUCUUUGCUCUGUUAAAACCCAGUGUGGUAACCUUUUCAGAGUCCUUAAUUUCCUAAUGUGAAAUGUGAUUCAAUUCAACAAACAGUUGUUCAGCACUUAUUGUAUAUUUCUGUUCUGGGUACUAGGAAUAUAGAAAUAAAUAAUAUUGCAUUAGAUGCUGACUUUA